GAUGAAGAACCCAAUGCUGGAGAUGGCGUUCUUGGUGCUGGAGAAGUUGCUUCUCAUCUCCAACUUGAAACUCUUCAGUUCCGGCGCCCGGGGCGAAGACAAAGGGAGGAACGCUUUUCAGAAGAUGAACUCUUUCCUCCGAGGCGAUGUGCUGGAGGUGCCCCGGACCCACCUGACCCACUAUGGCAUCUACCUGGGCGACAACCGUGUCGCCCACAUGAUGCCCGACAUCCUGGUGGCCCUGACCGAAGACAAGAGGCGCAUGCAGAAGGUGGUCUCCAACAAGCGUCUCAUCCUGGGCGUCAUCGUCCGAGUGGCCAGCAUCCGCGUGGACACAGUGGAGGACUUCGCCUACGGAGCCGACAUCCUGGUCAAUCACCUGGACGAGUCCCUCAAGAAGAAGGCGCUGCUCAACGAGGAGGUAGCGCGGAGGGCUGAGAGGCUGGUGGGCACGACCCCCUACAGCCUGCUGUGGAACAACUGCGAGCACUUCGUGACCUACUGCAGAUACGGCACCGCGAUCAGCCCGCAGUCGGAUAAGUUUUGUGAGAAUGUGAAGAUAAUUAUUCGUGAUCAGAGAAGUGUUCUUGCUUCAGCUGUCUUGGGAUUGGCGUCUAUAGUCUGUAUGGGCUUGGUGUCAUAUACUACUCUUCCAGCAAUUUUUAUUCCAUUUUUCCUAUGGAUGGCUGGCUAACUUCAUACCCCCAUGUCCGUGUGUGUAUUUUGUAUGUAAAUAUGUUUAUAUUUAUAGAGUACCAAUCAGUAUAAGCAUUGUGGGAAAAAUGUGACCUGUAACAGUGUGUUCUGGAUGAAAAUUUGAUUACGAAUCAUGCAGAGUGCUUACUGUGUAAGCCCAAGAACAAAGGCUUUCUGAAUCUUCUCAGGCAGUUCCACUUUAAAGCACCAUCCAAAUUUUGGAAACAUGACAGCUUGUGAUAGAAUUCAGC